ACCUCAAGCUCUUCAUUGUCAAGCUUUUACCUACCUACGCAGCAGAGGGCGCAAACUUGGCUUGAUACAUACGAUUGGCAUGAGCAGUAAUUAAGGACACCACCCGUUACUGCCCAAUUGAUCUUUGGUUACGAGUCAUUUCGACAAUUCUCUUCCAAUAAUUUCAUUCACAAUUCGAACCCCAAGGUCAACAAGUCAACUGGACAAAAACUCUACGGCCAAACUCAGAAUGACGGAAAAGAUUACUAAUCCUCUAGACCCAGACAACCCCUUGAAGAGACCUUCCAAUGGCGAACAAACAGAGGUAGCUCACCCACCACAGCCUAUCCUGCCAGAGGACUCAGCCAUCACAAAAGCAGAAAAGAUUGAGAGGAACGGGAUUGGGGCUGAGGAUAAUGCCACAAGCUUAAGAGAGACCACAUCCAAAAGAGCCAAAGCAGAAGACAGUGAUUCGGAAAUGACAGACGUGCCUGCAGCGAAGAGAGUCAAGCUUCAGCCUCAGCAGAAUGGUCAGGGUGCGAAGGUGGACACCGAGAUUGGGGCUGAGGAUAAUUUCCCAAGCUUAAGAGAAACCACAUUCAAAAGGAGCAAAGCGGAAGACAGUGACUCGGAAAUGAUGGACGUGCCUGCAGCCAAGAGAGUUAAGCUUCAACCUCAGCAGAAUGGAGAGACUGCGAAGGUGGACACAAGAGAGAAAGUCAAGGGAAUCGCUCUUGUGAAGCCAGAGUACCUCAUCAACGCAUUCAGUCGACCUGAACCGGAGACAUCGACUCAGAUUGACGACGACGCUGCGGAAGGACAAGGCAAGACCGAUGACCGAGAUAAUGUGGGUAGAAAUGGAAAGAACCAGAAGAAAAAGAGAAAGGAGAAGGGCCAGAACAAGUCUCGCCAAUUCGGUUCUUGGUUCGAUGCUAUUCGACUCUGUGUCAGUCGAUCCAACUCUCCCGAAUUUUCUCCCAAGGCAUGCAGCUUUGGCGAUACUUGCAAAUGCUGUCAUGACUUACGAAAAUAUCUUCGGGAAGGGAAGAGAGGUGAUCUAUCUACAUUCGAAGGUAAAUGUCCAGUAUGGGAAGCUCAAGGGACCUGUUUUGCGGGUUGGAGAUGUAGAUUCGUCUCAAGCCAUUCCAAGGAGAUUGAAAGAGAAGACGGCCGAAAAGAAUUGGUUCUCAUCGAAAGAGAGGAUGCACUCAAGCAAGGAUUCGAUGACGAGGAUCGCCCUGGAAUCUUCAAUGUUGUCAGUACCAACGACAAGAUAAACCUCGCUCGACGAAGAACACCGACUGAAAAGUCAGACACGUACACCGGUUGGUUAGAUGUACAGCAGAAGGAGAUGGAGAAGGUCUAUCAUGAGAAGAAAGAUGCGUCAGAAGAGACCCGCGAGGAGAAUCGUGCUAACUUUACCGAUCCUCCUUUUUUGCCGUCGGAAAAGAGACGAAUCUACUUUGGCGCUGAGACUCCUGUCCUGGCACCUCUCACGACCCAAGGCAAUCUUCCAUUCCGAAGGAUGUGCGUGGAUUUUGGAGCUCAAUUAACAUACUCGGAGAUGGCAAUGUCGAUACCACUGAUUCAGGGACAAAAGUCUGAAUGGGCAUUGAUGAAAGCUCACCAGAGUGAAAUAUCACCACCAAGAUACACUCCUACUUCGACUGUGCAGAAUUACGACAACACGAAGGAUUUGAAGUUUGGAGCCCAAAUAUCUGCGAGCAAACCAUGGCAAGCUUUGAAGGCAGCUGAAGUGAUGGGCCAACUGUUACCACACCUCCGCCUCAUCGACCUCAACUGCGGCUGCCCAAUUGAAUUGGUAUAUCAAAGUGGUGCGGGAUCCGCAUUGUUAGAUGCACCAUCGAAGCUAGAGAAGAUGAUCAGAGGCAUGAAUGCUGUGUCUGGAGAAGUCCCAAUCACUGCCAAGAUCAGAAUGGGUACCAAGGACGGAAAGCCAACAGCUCAGAAGACCCUUGAACGCCUAGCUUUUGGUGGCUACGAGUCACGCGAACGUCUUGGAGCCCCUGGUUGUGCAGCUGUGACCUUGCAUGGUAGAAGCAGACAGCAACGAUAUACCAAGAGUGCUGACUGGGAAUACAUUGCUGAAUGUGCUGCUCUUGUCAAGUCAUACAACAAGCAGAAGGACGAUCUCACAGACACGAUCAGAGAAGCUGAUGAGCGGACCCAAGCAAAUACCCAAGGCAACAGAAUGUUCUUCAUUGGUAACGGCGACUGCUAUUCUCAUGUGCAGUACUACGAUGACAUCAAAUUAUCUGCUGUUGACUCCGUCAUGGUCGCUCGUGGAGCUCUAAUCAAGCCAUGGAUCUUUGAGGAGAUUGAGAAAGGACAAUACCUUGACAAAUCUGCUUCCGAGCGUCUUGGCUACGUCGAGAAGUUCGUACGCUAUGGAUUGGAGGUAUGGGGCUCUGAUGAAGUUGGUGUUGGACUGACUCGACGUUUCCUGCUGGAGUGGUUGAGCUUUGCUCAUAGGUAUGUUCCUGUAGGCAUACUUGCGCACCUUCCGCCAAGCUUGCAGGAUCGUCCACCAGCGUAUAGAGGAAGAAGUGAUUUGGAGACGUUGCUGGCGAGUGAUAAUUACUUGGAUUGGAUCAAGAUCAGUGAGAUGUAUCUCGGUCCAUCCCACAAGGACUUCAAGUUCCAGCCGAAGCAUAAGAGCAACAGUUAUGAGAUCGAGGCGGAGGGUUGAGGAUGCGACACAGUGCGGCUGCAUUCCGUACGGGCUGGCAUUUGCACAUAGAUGGCGUUGUGAGACGCGUUGAUUAGAAUGAGGUAUCAUCAGCGGCCUUCCUACGAUGGAGCCAUAGGCAAGUAUAGGGUUUCCACUAUUCAUCCUAUAUGUUGGCUAGCUCUUGAGCUCAUGAUAGCAGUAAAAAGUUCUCUUUCCUAGACAGACUAUUAAGACUGCUUAUCUCUCGGUGAACACACAAG